AUGGACAACCUGACAUUUACAAAUGACUUUCUCCUCGUGGAGGGAUUGAAAGUUACUUAUCCUUCUUCCUAUCCUAUUUUUAUCCUGCUUUUCUUGUUUUAUAUCUUUGCAAUGGGAUGUAACAUUGGACUAAUAAUUUUGAUUGCAACAGAGAAGAAGCUACAUCAUCCUAUGCAUUUUCUGUUCUGUAAUCUGCCAGUGAAUGAUAUAAUAGGGACCACUGUCAUUUUGCCGCGUUUAAUUUGUGACAUUUUUAAGCAGACCUCAGAGCGCUCUAUGACAUAUGUGGAGUGUGUUGUUCAAGCAUAUUUUGUACACAUAUUUACAACAGCAAGCCACACUGCCCUAGUAACCAUGGCCUAUGACAGACAGGUGGCUAUAUGCAAUCCAUUACUGUACACAGCUGUAAUGACAGAUAAAAUGGUGGUUAAAUUGUCAGCAACAGCCUGGGCACUGCCGAUAAUUGUAGUGGCAGUUAUGAUAGGUCUCACUGUACGGUUGUCACGCUGCAGAUCUAAAAUUGAAAACCCUUUCUGUGACAACGCCUCACUUUACAAGUUGUCAUGUGAAAAUGUUAGCAUUAAUAACAUUUUUGGAAUUGUUUAUUCUGUGGCAGCCCUCAUCAUAUCAGUAGCAUUGAUGGUUGUAGCAUAUGUUAGGAUUGUUACUGUCUGUAUAAUUAGUAAAAACAAAGCACUCAACAGCAAAGCCAUCAAAACAUGUAGCAGUCACAUAGCUGUAUAUUUAAUAAUGUUUGUUUCUUGUGCCAUCAUGAUUUUUUUCCACCGUUUUCCUGAGUAUACUGAAAACAGGAAACUAGCUAGUAUAAUGUUUCAUAUCGUACCACCAGGGCUAAAUCCUAUAGUGUAUGGUUUACAAACCAAAGAGAUAAGACAAAUAAUUGUUAAACGCUGGUGGAAAAAUGCAGUUGACAAAUUGUGA